AGCUGGAGGAAGGUAUAAAUAUUGCUCAGAAGUUUUGUCAGCUGCAGUGUGUAUGUAUGUCAGUGUUUAUGUGUCAGUGUGGGGAAUGUAUUUAUGAGAAACCGUCUGAACUAAAUUAUUUUUGCACUAUAUAAUAUUUAAGCUUUUGCCAAAACCACAGGAAAACAGCGCACUCCUGGAGAAAAGGAGACUGUCACCAUGGUCGCCACAAGCACAUUGAAGACCAAAAGCAGCGAAUGUAUUUCAGAGCUGGUUGAUCGAAGAUAUAAGCAGGCUUGCAUUGAGAAAGAACUGGAUUUCUGGAAUCACUGCUUGGCUGAACCCCAGAGUAAUGCAGCUGUCACUGAAGACAGAACCUGUCAACAGCUGGCCAAGAUGUUUGAAAACUGCUUGUCACGAGCCAAGAAGACAACGCUGCACUGCUCCUCUGUGCUGGUCCCAGAGAAGCUCACGCAGAGAAUCGCCUGUGAGGUCCUGAGACUGGCGUCCUGCGAGCCCUGCGGCCUGCGUGGAUGUGUACUCUACGUCUACCUGGAGAUGGACAAGGGCUGCAAGCGGCUGGAGCGCAUCGUGUACGACGCCACCGUGGUGCCUACAUUUGAGCUGACUCUUGUGUUUAAGCAGGAUGGCACCGCCUGGCCCAGCCUGCGGGACUUCCUUUUCAUGGGAACCUGCUUUGCCCCGACUUUUAGGCACGUACUUAAACUGAGUCCAGGUUUCCGACUCGUCAAGAAAAAGCUGUACUCCUCCUCGGCUGGUACCGUUGUAGAGGAGUGCUGAACUAUAUAGAAGAGUGGAAUAUUGGGUUUCCUGUGGGUCAAAGCACUUCUUCCCAAAUAUAAAUGACACUCUAGUGGUGUCGUAUUUUCUAGUGUUUUUGUACAUUACAGUUUGAGUUCAACUAUUAGUAGCCAGUCGGUUCAGUUUGGAACUUGGGUGUAAAGUUAAAAUGCAUAAAUGAGCCUGACAGUCUGCUUUGGCUUCAGUGUUUCAAAAAGCAUUCUUUUAUUAUCAAAAUUGUUUAGUUUUUUCUUCUAAUCCGAGCUUUUGUUGCUAAACCACAAUUUUAAAUUGUAAAUUUUGCAGAUGAAUGUAAAACAAUGUUCACAUUAACAUGUUUGAGAGGGACAUACUGUGGGUACACUUUAGUUAAAGACACCAGCCACUUUGCUGAUGCUUCUGUGUUUCCAGAUGCAUUGAAUGUGUUGAGCUGCCCUAAACUCGGCUGAGCUUGAUGAAUGGGAGACUGAAAGUUAGUCUUUGGGGGCCAUACUGUAGCUUGUUGUGUAAGGCUGUGUUUAGGGCUGCGGAUGUUUUAAGAUUGAAUGUCUUGUGGAGAUGCUGCUGUCAUGGUGUGAGAUUCUAACAUUAAGGGAAUGUGAAUGCCUUAAAUGUUAUAGAAAUGUAAAUGUGUUUCACUUGGAGCUAUGGAUUUGUGUGUUUAGUGUAAAUGUGUUUUAUUUUUAUACCCCCUCCCCCAAACACGCCCUUUCAAUGCCGAGCCUUUAUAGAUUAUUAAAAGGAUGGUUCACCCAAAUGUAAAAGCUUCUUUGAUUUUUAUCUACUUUGUUAACUUGUGCAAAGAAGUUACUGGAGGUCCAGCUAGUAAUUUGAUGGUGAAUUCCAUACAGUGCUUUUUUUUUUUUUUUUUUUUUUUGUGUUUAAUGCCAUUCCUGUUCCUGUUGAAGGAAACUAGGUCUUGUCUAUUAGACAAUAAAACAAUUUAAACCUUA